AUGGCGUCGCUGCAGACUCCCACCCAACUUCUCUCACCUCCGCCUUCUCCCGCCCCGCAGAACUUGUCGACCGAGAUCAACACGGCCACACGAUCCAUUCAUACGCGGUUGAACAAGCUUAUCGUCACUCGCCUUCCUCUCGCUCUACCUCCGAUCGCCAAGACUCCCGAAUUAUACGCUCAUGGCAUCAACACGUUCGGCGACAUUUACCUCGUCUUUGAGAACUGCUGGCGCGUUCUGAUCGCAGAGACCGACAAGUCUGACGCCCAUGACCUUUCUCACGACAACAAACUGCGCCAAUGGCUCUCGCAACUAGUCCCACCCGGUCUCUGGCGCUCCGACGCCAUCAAGAAAGAUUUGGAGUACUUGGAGACAGCCACCGGUACUGAUUUGGAGGCCGUGACGAACGAGCAACUGCACUCGUUCACCGAACACAUCUAUCGCCAGACUCGAGAGAAGCCUCAUGUCUUGGUUGCCUAUUCCUGGAUCAUGUAUAUGGCAAUCUUUUCUGGCGGCCGCUGGAUCAGAGAGCAGCUGACAGAGUCUGGACCUGAGUUCUGGGGUGUCAAUCACGAGUCCGACAAGCAUGACUACUGGAUUCAUGGCACUUUGAGGCCGGGCUUCACCCUGUUUUGCUUCUCGGGCAACAGGGACGGAGAAGACAUCAAGACCGACUUCAAGACUCGUCUUGAAAAAGCCGAGGAGCUGCUCACGGAACGCGAGCGCAAGGACAUCAUUGAUGAGGCCCAGUACAUCUUCGAGCAGUGUGUUGCGAUAGUCGAGGCUCUGGACAAGCAGCUCAUGACUGAUCUUGAACUCGUCAAGACGCUGGCUGCGCGAGAGGCCAAGAAUGGAACAUCACACCUCAAGAUGGCGCCGACACGGGCUGUCCUACCAGAAAAUGCAACGGCGCAGACGGAUGAGCCCAAGUCAGCAAACUUCAUUAGAGCCAUUGUGGUUGGGAUCUUGGCUGUUGGUUUCUAUCAGUCAUAUCGCUGGCAAUAUGGAGAUUUGGAGCGUGCAUGA